CUGUCGUUAUUUCAAAGCAUCUAUUUUGCAAAAGGUUUAUAGAUAUUAAUGUACUAAAUUAAUAUUUAUAUUUUUCGGAUUGGUGCUGCACAGCAGACAAGGUUGAAAUGAUUGACAUGGACAAGGAGAACUUUGCAAUUUCAAGUUCAUCCGCAUCUGAAGCUGCUUUUGAUGCCACGGUUGGUUGCAUAGAGGACAUUAUUAUGGAAAAUGAGUUUCAGCAGCUUCAGCAUAGCUUCAUGGAGAAAUACUACACAGAGUUUGAUGAUUCUGAUGAAAAUAAACUCACAUAUACACAGAUAUUCAAUGACUAUGUCGAUCUGCUGGAGAAACACCUGGAACAGCAGCUUACAGAGAGAAUCUCAGACUUCAACAUGAAUACCUUCAUUCCACUUCUAAUGGAACGCAAAGAGGAGGUUACACCUGACAUCUUGGACAUGUUACUCACAUUUACAGACUUUAUGGCCUUCAAGGAAAUGUUUCUUGAAUACAAAGCUGAAAAGGAAGGCAGAGGUGUGGAUCUGAGCCAAGGACUGGUGAUAACAUCUCUGGGGUCCUCUACAAAACCCUUGAGCUCCAAUAAAUCCCAGUGACACUUUACACUGACCUGCCCUAUAGUAAUGCCUUCUAAAUUGCCUAAUGGUGCUGGAUUGUAGCCCCAGUGUUUUGUUCGUGAAGAAAUGUUCCUUAAUGUUUUCUGUGCUAUUAGUGUAUGGGUAAUACGAUUGCUUCUUUUGCAGGGUCUAAUCUUGCUUUUCACAGGUAUCAGUCAAGAUGUGUCAGCUAAUAUAGAAUAACAAUUUAUGUUUUCCAUGUUACUUUCAAGACUAAUGUUACUGCUGUUGAGUAUUUAAAAUGGGUGAGAACAAGCCUAUGAUAAUAGUUUUUUUUGUUAGAAAUGUAUAUAUGUGGUACCAUAGAAUGGAUGCUGAGAGAAGUAAAUAUUUCUUUCUGUGUACAAAUUGUUUUAAAGUGUGGUGUAAGGGGUUGCAAUAUGGCAAAUCUCAAAGCUUUGUUCACUUUGUUGCUACACGUUGCCUUUAAGUGGUGAGUAAGUUAUCUUACUGAGUAUUAAACAGAAAAAGCACCAGGAGACACAAUAUACCAAUACAUGUGCAUCACAGGGUUCUGCUGAAAUGUUUUAGUGCCCACCCCUAUUCUCCAGGGUAAAAUAAAAUGGUGAUAAUCUGUAGUCUGAUGAUGUACAUAUACUUGUAAUGUACCACAUGUUUCUUAUUGUUGUAAUAAUAUUACUGUAUUUUAAUGUAUUGUAAAUUUGACUUUGGAAUAAAUUUGUUAAG